GCGUGCUGAUCUGAACACCGAGCUGCUGCUGCUAGAAUCAAUCAACGAGCACACGCGAUUCGGGUUUGGACUCGCGUUCGGAGCGGACUCGAUCGAGAUGUCCGGCGCGCAGGGCGCACAGCCCAAGGGCGCAUUCACGGCGACCACCUACCGGUCGGCUCCGGCGGCGGCGAGGACGGAGCUCCGGUCGAGCGAGGACGAGCGUGGUCUCCCCGUGAAGAGGCUGGAGGACAAGGUGGAGGACGCCGCCGGGAAGGGCGGCCCGGUGUUCGGCGCCGGCGACGACGACGGCAAGCCCGACCUCGGCGUCACCGGCACCGGCACCGGCUGAUUGCUCAUCACCUAUUUCUGUGUGUCGCACACGUUCUACUUUGUAAGCUACUACUACUGUGUAAUGGACUAGAAUAAUCAUCAUAAUAAAAAUACUUGCUCCAUGUAACUAGAUAUGGAUCUUGGGAUAGGGAUAUUGACAGUCUUCGAUAAUAUUGGUACAGAUAAGUUACUUUAUAAUAAUAUUUAAAUGGAAUUGUAUGAUAUGAUAAGAUGGUCAUCAUUUGGUUUUCGAGGAAAAAUGUUUCAUUUGGU